UUCUUUCUCAGUUUUCCGAUCGCUUUACUUUCUUACAUCCGUCACGAAAAUGACUUAUCCAGCUGCUCCAGCCGCUUCAGCCGCCGUUCCCUACUCCACCUUCAACACUCUCCGCCUUGGAAGGUCCACUCAGUCCAUUGUUGGUCGGUUCAUCCGAUUCUAGGAUUUCAGGAACAUUAACAAGAAUGGAGAGUUUAUGGGCAUCACCAUUCUCCUCCUUGAUGAACUGGAUUCUGUGAUCUACGGUUUCAUCCCUGCAAUCUCCAAACAAAACAGAAAAACUGAAUGAAUUAUGUUUUUAGCAACCGAAUCUAAAAGAAAUAUUUUUACCAAAAAAAAAAAAUCUAAAAGAAAUAAAAGACAUCUUACUUAACAAACAAAAACCUUUUCUUUUGUAGAUUCCGACGACGACGAAGCACCCGAGGACCAACGACAAUGGAAUGAUGCGGACGAAGCCUAACUGAUGUAAGUAAACUCCUCUUCAAUAACACAUCACACUAUUAUCGCUCCCCAAUCUCACAAACUUAAGCUCUAAUCAUGCCAGGGAUCCCACAGGUGAUGCUGUCCCGACGACGGAGAAAAAAAAAAGAAAGAUAACCUAACGUUUUUUUUACUUUCAGUUUUUAAGUUCAAAUCAUGUUUUAGACAUAGAGCCCAACACAAUUUGAGCCCAAACAUUUUAAACCCACAAUUACUUUUUCAUAAUGUAAAAACGUCAACCUUCGUUUAUGUUUUGUUAAACUAUUUUAAUCUUUAUGUUUUGUUAAACUAUUUUAAUCUUUAUGUUUUGUUAAACUAUUUUACACAGGGGGCUGAUCUCCUUAGAAGGGGAGCCACUCGCCACGAUGCUUCCAGUUUCACCAUUCUUGAAACUCUUAUGAACCACAAAGCCAAUAUAAGAACUCUGUUUCAAUCCAACGGCUGAAUUUUGUCACAGACCACCGCUAAGCCUGAAGAGGGAAGAGAAGUGGAGUGCUGCAUUUUGGAAGAUGGUUACUUGGAGUUUACAAGAUGAAGAUGGAACCCGUGACGAGGAAGACGAGGAGAAGUGUUACUUGGAAUAUCCUAACGUUGAGGAUGUAGACAAUGUGUGAUCUUAGCGAUGAAGAUUAAUGUAGCUUUAAUAUAUGCUACUACGGUCCUUGAGCUCCCUAACAAGUACUAGCAAACAAUGUGUAUUUUGAAAAAACAAAAUAAUUUUGUAAUGCAAAUAGUUUGAAACUUUGAGUAUUUAUUCAAACAACGGAUAUAUACAGCGUUGAUAACUUGAUAUGGAUCCCCAAAUAAGUUGGUGUUGUGCUGUCACAAUAUCUGUCUUUUUAAUUUCAUAUACCUGACGUAAGCUUCUUCAUCUUCUUCUCUUUUCCUUUCCGUUGUUCUACGCUCUCUGUUUCAUGUUUAUGCAUUUUUUACAUUCUCUAUAUUUUACCUUAAUUAUACUUUUUGAAUUUUCUUUCCGUUUUGAGAGAUGUCUCUAACUUGAGUUAAUCGUCAAAAGCUAGGAUCAAUUUUGUUGUCUUACUUCCGAUAAAUUUUAUUCUUUAAUUUGCACAAAUCUUAAAAAACAUCAACAUUCCAUAAAUCAUACCGCUCCACCGAUAUCCAAAGUAACCAGUCCCGCCCUUGCGCGGGGUCUCAGCACCUAGUUAACCAGAACAAGGGAGUAUUACAGUUUUCAGAACACACACAACAUGUCCUAUUUCAUGUCCUUGGCUCUUAGAAUGAAUGCGUUUGUCCUUCUCACUCUCGCUUUCAACAAAUAGAGAAACGCAAAAAACUCUUUUGCGUAAACUAUCUCAUGGUUCUCUCCAGCUUCUCACCAAUGGAGGUUACACUACUUGGCUCCUUCUCCGUUUUCUCUCCCGUCUCGUCAGAAAGACGACUCUCCAACGCGGUUUUCAGCAGUUCGAAGUCAAACCCGCUACGACAACCGCAUAGAGUCAAGGCGGUUAAGGCCGUAGCGUCGAAGACUCAUGCAGGUGGUCGACGGAUAAGAAAGUGUGAAAACGGAGCGGCGACGGUAGCCAAGGUGGUGGAUAAUCCGUAUUCGGGAGCGGAGACGGCGAGUCCUGAUCUGGAGAAGAGCUUGUCGGACUUCUUGGAGGAAGCGAGAGACUUCGUGGGAGAUGAUGGUGGUCCGCCUCGUUGGUUCUCUCCGUUGGAGUGUAGCUCUCAGGCUCAAGGCUCUCCUCUACUCCUUUUCAUACCUGGUAUUGAUGGUACUGGACUUGGGCUCAUUCGGCACCACAAGAAACUUGGGGAGGUUUUUGAUGUAUGGUGCCUUCAUAUUCCGGUCAGGGACCGAAGUCCUGCUAAAGACUUGGUCCAACUUAUUGAGGGGACAGUUAAGUCGGAGAGCUAUCGUUUCCCAAAUAGACCUAUAUAUUUAGUUGGAGAAUCUAUUGGAGCGUGCCUUGCGUUAGAUGUUGCAGCUAGGAAUCCUAAUAUCGAUCUUACCUUGAUAUUGGCUAAUCCAGCCACAAAUGUCAACAACCUCAUGUCACAACCUCUAGUAGGAAUGCUGAACGUUUUACCAGAUGGUGUUCCUACGCUACUGGGAGAAAUAUUUGGUUUUAAGCAUGGCGAUCCAUUGACUGCAGUGUUAGGUGGAGGGAUUCUAAGAGAUCUCUUUGCAGUUUCAGCUAAUCUUCCUACUUUGAGUAGGAUCUUCCCUAAGGACACACUUCUCUGGAAGAUGGAACUGCUUAAGUCUGCUGUUGCGUCUGUAAAUACUCACAUACACGCGGUCAGAGCUGAAACACUGAUACUUCUCAGUGGACGUGAUCAAUGGCUGCUGAAUGAAGCAGACAUUGACAGAUUCUCACGCACAUUGCCAAACUGUAUUGUCCGUAAGCUUAAAGACAAUGGACACUUUCUCUUUUUUGAGGACAGUGUAGAUCUGGUUAGUAUCAUCAAAUGUACUUGUUUCUAUCGCCGUGGGAAAUCUCAUGAUCACAUUUCAGAUUACAUUAUGCUUACCAGAUAUGAGUUAAAGCAACUAGUAGACGACCACAAGCUCUUAAUAGAUGCUACUUCACCUGUAUAUCUAUCAACAUUAGCAAACGGUAAACGUGUGAGGGGCCUUGAAGGUAUACCUUCAGAAGGGCCUGUACUAUACGUUGGCUAUCACGUGUUAUUGGGACUAGAGAUAGUUCCAGUGAUAACCCAAUUCUUGAAAGAGAGAAACAUUCACUUGCGUGGUUUGGCACAUCCAAUGCUUUUGUGGAACAUCCAAGAUGAUCGGUUAGUCGACCCACAGGUGUUGGACAAAUAUAAGAUGGUGGGUGCAGUUCCUGUCUCCAACUUCAAUAUCUACAAACUACUGCAGUCAAAGUCUCAUGCGCUUUUGUAUCCUGGUGGUAUCCGUGAAUCUUUUCAUAGAAAGGGUGAAGAAUACAAGUUGUUUUGGCCAGAGCAACCAGAGUUCGUGAGAGUUGCAUCUAAGUUUGGAGCCAAGAUUGUCCCAUUUGGUGUUGUUGGAGAAGACGACAUCUGCCAUCUUGUCCUGGAUGCCAAUGAUCAAAGAAACAUCCCUAUCUUAAAGGAUUGCAUGGAUUACAUGGCAGAGGCAACAAAGCCAGCUGGAAACUUAAGGGAAGGAGAUGAGACCGAACUUGGAAACCAGAUAUGCUAUCUCCCAGGACUUGUACCUAAGAUCCCUGGGCGGUUCUACUUUUACUUUGGGAAACCAAUUGAAACAGCAGGCAAGGAACAAGAGCUAAAAGACAAAGACAAGGCUCAGGAGUUUUACUUGCAAGUCAAGUCUGAGGUUGAACAAUGCAUUGCCUACUUGAAAAUGAAAAGAGAGGGUGAUCCCUACAGACAAUUGUUGCCAAGGAUGAUGUAUCAGGCUUCACAUGGUUUCUCUUCUGAAAUUCCGACGUUUGAUCUCUGAAAUGAUUCUCGCUUUUGAUUAUUUACAUAAUUCCAAUAUACUAUGGUUAUGUUGUACCUAUUUUAUAGGUUCCAGUAAUGGAACAAAACCAUUAAAAGUCUUAGUCUGUGA